GCGCGCGUCUGCUGUAUGAUCCCUGUCCGCGUGUGUCCACGCCUUGCCCUCCACCUCAGGUUUAUGCGAAGGCAGCAAUCCUUAGGAAAGUUCUUUGCUAUGCCCCGGAAUGCCAAACCAGCCCCUCCCCAGCAGUCCAGCCUCGCCGAGGCCUGGGGCAAGAAACGCAAGCCGGAAAAACCUGUUGAGAAGGAACCUGCUUCCCCUAAGCCGGAUGACAUGCAGGUAGAUGAGCCUACGGAAUCCGCCGCGAACACAGACAAGAAGCGGUCAAAGUCUCCGUCACCCAGUCUUAAGAACUCGUCUCCUCGCCCUUCUAAACCUAAACGGCGGAGAGUUGUCGAGUCCGAGGAGGACGAGCCCAGAUCAAGCCAGUCACAUAAGCCAUCUUCACGAACAUCCUCUCCGAAAUUGAAGAGGAAAACGAAAGCCAACCCGGCGGCCGCAUCACCUCCCCCUGCCACGAGCGAGGACCCUGAAUCAGCUGCAAGUGCAGGUGAGGAGGACGCGAACGAUGAGGGCGAGGAAGAGCUUUCCGACAUGGAUGAUGAUGCUGCGCAGAAGAACGCUGAAGCUGCCCUAAAGCUCAAAAAUGAGGUCGACGUAAAGAGCUGGAAGGUCGGAGAGCCUGUGCCCUAUGCUGCACUGGCGCAUGCAUUCUCUAUGAUCGAGGCGACAACGAAACGGCUGGAGAAGACUCAUAUCCUGACCACAUUCUUCUUACUUGUCAUUCAGAGGAGCGCAAAAGGAGACACGAACUCCCUUCUGCAGACUGUAUAUCUGUGCAUCAACAGACUGAGUCCCGACUACAUUGGCAUCGAGCUGGGCAUAGGCGAAAGUUUGCUUAUCAAAGCCAUAAGUGAGUCAACAGGACGAAGUUUGGCUACCGUCAAAGCAGACUUAAAGAAGGAAGGUGAUCUUGGACUGGUGGCAUUGAACUCAAAGAAUAGCCAAAAGACAUUAUUCAAGCCAAAGCCAUUGACCCUCCCUUUUGUGUUCUCAAAGCUGAAGGAGAUUGCACUGUCAACAGGACAUUCGUCUCAAAGCAAGAAGGUCUCUAUCAUUACGAAACUCCUGGCCGCUUGUCAAGAUGUGGAGGCAAAGUACAUCAUCCGAAGCUUGGAAGGCAAACUUCGGAUUGGUAAUGCGGAACGAACUGUUCUUGUUGCCCUGGCUCAUGCCGCCGUUUUGGCUGAGAAGGAGCAAGCCGGCAAGAAGUGGAGCUCAGAGAAGCUCACUGGACGGCUGGAGGAGGGUACCCAUAUCAUGAAGAGCGUUUACAGCGAACUGCCUACAUAUGAUCUUGUAAUACCAGCGCUGCUUGAAGACGGUAUCGAUAAGCUCAAGGAGAAGUGUAAGCUAACUCCUGGAGUGCCACUGAAACCGAUGUUGGCCAAACCCACCAAAGCGAUCGGGGAGGUCUUGGACCGCUUCGAGAAUAAGCGCUUCACAUGCGAAUACAAAUAUGAUGGCGAGCGCGCUCAGGUUCACAAACUUGAGGAUGGUACUGUCGCGGUGUUCAGUCGGAACUCGGAGGACAUGAGCAAGAAGUACCCUGAUCUAGUCGAACAGCUGCCUCAUUGUAUCAAACCCACCACAAAGACCUUUGUCCUUGAUGCAGAAGCUGUUGCUAUCGAGAAGGCAACCGGAAAGCUCAUGCCCUUCCAGGAGCUCAGCAGGCGUAAGCGAAAGGACGUUAAAAUUGAAGACAUCCAAGUCCGAGUCUGCCUCUUUGCCUUCGAUCUUCUGUACCUGAACGGAGAGCCUUUGAUGCAAAAGUCCCUUGGUGAGCGCCGGGAACUGCUCCGCGAGCAUUUCCAGGUUGUCCCUGGAGAGUUCGAUUUCGCAAAAUCUUCGGACGGGGAAACGACCGAUGAAAUCCAGACAUUCCUAGAAGAGAGUGUGAAGGAUGGAUGCGAGGGGCUCAUGGUCAAGAUGCUCGAAACCGAUGCAAGCUAUUAUGAGCCAAGUCGGCGCAGCGUUAACUGGUUAAAGCUCAAGAAAGACUAUCUUGCCGGAGUCGGAGACUCCCUCGAUCUCGUCGUCGUGGGCGGCUAUUACGGGAAGGGCAAGCGGACGAACGUAUACGGCGCUUUCCUACUUGCAUGUUACGAUGCCGACGCGGAAGAGUACCAGACGAUAUGUAAGAUCGGCACAGGCUUCAGCGAAGAGGCGCUGCAGCAACAUUGGGAUACGCUACGACCUUUAGAGAUGGAAAAACUACGCGGAGACUUGAAGGCGGGUGGUGCGAAACCCGACAUCUGGUUUGAGCCAAAGAUCGUUUGGGAAGUCUUGACUGCGGACCUCAGUUUGAGUCCCGUAUACACGGCUGCUCAAGGCCUCGUGGAGGAAAGAGGAAUCUCACUACGGUUCCCUCGGUUUCUUCGGGUUAGGGACGACAAGUCGGCCGAUGACGCUACAGGCCCAGAACAGGUGGCAGAGAUGUACGAACGUCAAGCGCUGGCACAAAGCAAAGGCAAUAAGAAGGGCAAAGGUGGGGACGGAGACGACUUUUGGUAAAUUAGACUCGUCGUAUUCAAAUACUACUAUCAAACGACUACUCUUGACUAGUGUAAAAUCCAAAGGUGUAUAGGGAGAAAGCAAGAAAGCAAGUAAAGGAAAGUAGUUACUUGGCUUUUGCAAUCUUGUCCGCCUCUUUCCGGGUGGCCUCGAUGGCUUCCGUAACUUUGCCCUUGACUUCCUGAGCUCCAUCGGCGCCCUGGAGACCAUACUUCUUUUCACGGCCACCAUAAUACCAGUAGUUCACAAAGCGAGCGUCUUGUAUGGUCUGUGCCGUAGCGUUGGUUGCGUGACAAGCGAACAGAAGAUAAUUCCGAGGUUGUACUCUCCAUGCGAAACGCAUAAAGACCAUCGAGUAGCAGGCAAGAGCGGUGGUCAUAGUACCGGAUAUAACCUCUUCAUCCUUGCUCAAGUCGGCGAGAGCAGCCAGAGGAAGACCCCAGUUUGCGACCGGUCCCCAGAAAUGUGUACUAAAGAAGUAUUCGCGCGCGGCGGGGGAUCGCAGCCAGGUGAAGAAAGUGGAAGCCAUGAGGGAAAGCGAGGUAAAGUUG